ACAAUAUCAGAAAUGGUGCGUUGCUUUAUAGCCGUGGCUCUGGUGGCGAUGGCGGCCCUGAGUCUUCAGGUGACGACGGCUCAGGAUGACCUCAAGUACUUCGAGCGUGAAGUGGUGGUCGAGUUGGCGGCGCAGAUCCUGCGCGUGGCUCAGGGACCCUCGGCCUUCGUCGCGGGCCCUCACAAGCGCAACUCGGAGCUGAUCAACUCCCUCCUGGGGAUCCCCAAGGUCAUGAACGACGCCGGAAGGAGAUAAACAAACUACUAUUACUAUGAAACUACAUCUGAAACUAUUGGUCCUACUUAAUAUUAAAUGUAUGUCUUCAUACCUUACUCGGAACAAAUCAUAAUACUUUCGACAAAUUUAUGUAAAAUGUAACACCAUACUUUAUAUUAGUACUAUUUACCAAAAUCUAUACACUAUAAGUAAAGCGAUAUUCGUGCAGUUUAUUACCCAAUGGUUUUUCUUUGUAUCCCACAGGACCAGGCUUAGCAAAGACAUGAUCAGUUAGGCAUAAUGGCCCCAAAAUUUUCCCUGAUGUUUUGUUAAUAAAUCCUGCAAAGUUAAAAUUACUACACUCUUUUUUUUUUUUUU